ACUAAUGAUUAACAAAAUUCCACAGCAGAACAGCUUAAACCUCUAAAUCUGUGUGACUACACACAUACUUAGUUUUUUCUUUUAUAACAACACCAACUUUACGUUCUUGUCACCAUAAAACACCAAAAAAUGUGCUUGAUAUAUAUUUUUGGAGCACUAGCCAUUACAAGUGGAGUUUUUAGCCAAGACACAACAACCUUACUGCCAGAGACUCAAGACCUGUUUGUAGCAGUGGGUUCAUCUGUGAAGAUACCAUGCUCUGACGGAGAAGAAAAAGGGGUGGAAUGGAGAUUCAACAGUUCAGUGCUUGUCUCAAGCCCUGUUCUCUCCAUACAGAACAGCAGUUUGAAGGACCAAGGCAUCUACACCUGCCACCAACCGAAUGGAGAUCUGAUACAAACAGUAUCUCUACACCUGGGAUAUCCCCCUUCUCCUCCGGAUGUGUAUUGUUGGUCUCCAAGUUACCCUAAAAGGGCAAUAUGCUCUUGGACACUGACUCCAGACCCAAUACUUCCAACACAUUAUAUUGCUACAUACAGGAGCUUUUCAGACCCGCAGUCAAGUGCCCGUCAAUGCCAGAAAUGGGGAGAACAAGAUAGGCAAUGUGUGGUAGAGGAACUGGAGAUCUUUGCAAGUGAACCAACUCUCAUCAACAUCACAGCUAUUAAUGCUCUGGGUAGCACAACACGCAUAUGGCCAAUUAUUUUUGAGCAGAUAGUGAAACCUGAUCCUCCGGUGAAUGUGAGCAUGAUGGUAAUGCCAGGCAGGAAGCUGUCUGUGCAGUGGGGUCCACCACCCACUUGGCCGGAUCCUGUCAACUUUCUCCUUAAAUACACAGUGAAAUUCCACUGGGGCAAACCUGAGACGGCUAGAACACUGGGCCCUUAUGAGUCUAAUAAAAUGGUUUUGAGUGGUCUGGUGGCAGGAAGGACUUACUACAUCCAAAUAUCGGCAAAGGACUUUCUGGAUGAUGGACAGAGCAGUGAUUGGAGUGAACCAAUAAGUGCCAUACCUAUCAACUGAUGUAGUGAAUCAUUGCAUUACACUACAUUAACCAAAUAUUUUAGAAUUAUUAUUAGUUCUUAUUAUAUCACUUAAGGAUAACUUUGUUUAUAAAGGCAAUGACAACCAAUAUACAAGCUCAAUGUACAGAAUCUUGUUAAUUCAAAAAAUAAUAAACAACCAGCAUGGCUCCACUUGCAUGUAAUCACAAAGCCUGUAAGCAUGUUAAAAAUGUUCUUAUCUAAUCUUUACUAUAACUGAUUUUAACUGAUUUGUGAAACAAUAAUAAUAUUUAAAAAAAUCAAAUUUUCAAGCAGCACAAACAUAAUAAUAAUAAUAAUAAUCUAACAAAGUAACAAAGCUGUACAGAAAUGUUUAAUAAAAAUAUUUUAAAAGAGG